AUGUAUGAAGACGACGAUGAUGAUAUGCCUUAUGGUGGAGAAGGAGGUGAUCAGGAAGUAGACGAGGAAGACAAUGAGGAAAUAUCAAGCGAGCAGUGGCAGGAGGCGUGCUGGGUCGUGAUCAGUGCAUAUUUCGAUGAGAAAGGUCUUGUACGUCAACAACUUGACUCAUUUGACGAAUUUAUCCAAAUGAACGUGCAGCGAAUCGUGGAAGAUUCGCCUCCUGUGGAACUGCAAGCUGAGGUGCAGCACUUUUCGGGUGGGAGACAUCGAGAAUCCGACGAAAUUCUCUCUCUGAAGUUCGACCAGAUCUACUUGUCCAAGCCAACCCAUUGGGAGAAAGAUGGAGCACCAACACCGAUGAUGCCCAACGAGGUGGUGGAUUUACCUUUGAUAAUUUGCGAUCCUCCUGCUGCUCAAACACUUGAACUUCAACAAGAUCCCAAAAACGACACAAUACUUCAGGCACGAUUGCGGAAUCUUACGUAUUCUUCUCCUCUCUAUGUGGAUAUCACAAAACAAAUCCAGAGAGAUGAUGAAGUGACCGAAAGAAAAUAUGAAAAGGUCUUCGUUGGAAAAAUUCCCAUUAUGCUGAGAUCAAGUUACUGUAUGCUCUCAAACAUGUCUGACCGAGAUCUCACUGAGUUGAAUGAAUGCCCUCUCGACCCUGGAGGCUAUUUUGUCAUCAACGGUUCCGAAAAGGAGAUUCCGGUCAUGAUAGUAUUUCGUGCACUCGGAUUUGUCUCGGAUCGUGAUAUCCUUGAGCACAUAAUCUAUGACUUUGAAGACCCAGAAAUGAUGGAAAUGGUGAAACCAUCGUUGGAUGAAGCUUUCGUCAUCCAGGAACAAAAUGUCGCCCUUAAUUUCAUUGGAGCUCGUGGAGCAAAGCCUGGAGUGACGAAAGAGCAACGUAUCAAAUAUGCAAAAGAAAUUCUGCAGAAGGAGCUGCUUCCUCAUGUGGGAGUGUCGGAUUUCUGUGAAACAAAGAAAGCGUAUUUCAUUGGCUACAUGGUUCAUCGUCUGCUCCUAGCAGCGUUGGGUCGCCGAGAGCUCGACGAUCGUGAUCACAUUGGCAAUAAGCGCCUUGACCUUGCCGGUCCUCUUUUAGCAUUUUUGUUCCGAGCGUUGUUCAGAAAUCUUUUAAAGGAAAUGCGACUCACAGCACAAAAAUACAUCAACAAAAAUGGUGACUUCUCACUUGACGUCUGUGUAAAAACGUCAACUAUAACUCGAGGACUCGCUUAUUCACUCGCUACCGGUAACUGGGGUGACCAAAAGAAGGCGCAUCAGUCUCGAGCCGGUGUAUCGCAGGUGUUGAAUCGACUUACCUACACAGCCACACUUUCCCACUUGCGUAGAGCUAAUUCCCCUAUUGGAAGGGAAGGAAAACUCGCCAAACCUCGACAACUUCAUAAUACACAAUGGGGAAUGGUAUGCCCUGCUGAGACUCCCGAAGGUCAAGCGGUAGGUUUGGUGAAAAACCUUGCGCUAAUGGCUUACAUUUCUGUCGGUUCAUUACCUGAGCCAAUUCUGGAGUUCCUCGAAGAAUGGUCAAUGGAAAAUCUUGAAGAAGUAGCACCUUCUUCUAUCGCUGAUGCGACGAAAAUCUUCGUGAAUGGUGCCUGGGUAGGGAUUCAUCGUGAUCCAGAGCAUCUUAUGACCACUUUGAAGAAACUUCGUAGGCAGAUGGACAUUAUCGUAUCGGAAGUGUCGAUGGUUCGAGACAUACGAGAUCGAGAAAUACGUAUUUAUACAGACGCUGGGCGAGUCUGUCGACCACUUCUCAUCGUCGAAAAACAAAAAUUAGCUUUGAAAAAGCGUCAUAUCGACAAACUAAAGGAAAGGGAAUCUGGCAGCAAUUACAGCUGGUCUGAUCUUGUAGGUGGUGGCGUUGUUGAAUUGAUCGACGCAAUGGAAGAAGAGACGGUCAUGCUUGCAAUGAUGCCUGAAGAUCUGAAGGCUGGAGGUUACUGCGACACGUAUACUCAUUGUGAAAUUCAUCCAGCAAUGAUUCUUGGCGUAUGCGCGUCUAUUAUUCCAUUCCCUGACCACAAUCAAAGUCCAAGAAACACUUAUCAGAGUGCUAUGGGUAAACAAGCUAUGGGUGUAUAUACAACAAAUUUCCAUGUACGAAUGGACACGCUCGCGCAUGUUCUCUACUAUCCUCAGAAACCUCUUGUUACCACAAGAUCCAUGGAAUAUCUAAGGUUUUCUACCGGUCCUACCGAGACCAGGAGGCAAACCUUGGAUGGUGCCAAUGAGGAGCUAAUUGAGAAGCCGACUCGAGACAAAUGUUCCGGAAUGCGGCAUUCUCUUUAUGACAAGCUUGAUGACGAUGGAAUUAUUUCGCCUGGAAUGCGUGUUUCUGGCGACGACGUCAUUAUCGGCAAAACCGCCCCUGGACGACGAUUGGAUGCAAGCAGUAAGAAGUACACGAAACGCGAUGCAUCAACAUUUCUUCGCAGUUCUGAGACCGGAAUUAUUGACCAGGAAGAUAUGCCAUUCACCUGUGAAGGACUAACGCCUGAUAUCAUCAUUAACCCACACGCUGUACCAUCUCGUAUGACGAUUGGCCAUUUAAUCGAAUGUCUGCAGGGCAAGCUGUCAGCAAACAAGGGCGAAAUUGGUGACGCGACUCCUUUCAACGAUACUGUAAACGUGCAGAAAAUCAGUAACUUAUUGCAAGAAUACGGGUAUCAUUUAAGAGGAAACGAAGUGAUGUAUAAUGGACAUACAGGGACAAAACUCACUACACAGAUUUUCUUUGGACCAACAUAUUAUCAACGCCUGAAACACAUGGUAGACGAUAAGAUCCAUUCACGUGCCAGGGGACCAAUUCAGAUGAUGAAUAGGCAGCCUAUGGAGGGUCGAGCGAGGGAUGGCGGUUUGCGUUUUGGUGAGAUGGAGCGCGAUUGUCAGAUCUCCCAUGGAGCAGCGCAAUUCCUUCGGGAACGUCUCUUCGAAGUGUCUGACCCGUACCAUGCUUGUCGUAACAAGACGCAGGUGUCGGCUGUUCGGAUACCGUAUGCUUGCAAGCUAUUGUUCCAAGAGCUGAUGUCGAUGUCAAUUGCUCCACGGCUCAUGGUGGACGCUUGA